UCCUCUAGCAUCCUGUCCUUGCCCUUUGCUGGAAGGGUGAAAUAUAGCACUGCUAUCCUAGCAUCUGGGGCAAUGUGGGGAAUGCUGCAUUAGAGAAAAACCACACGUUCCCCUCACAGGUCAUGCACUUCUGCAAACAAAUGCACCGCUUGGAGCUUGUAAAAUUUAGGCUUGGAAAUGACUGCAGAGAAUGGAUGACACAGGCCUGGAGGGAGGUAGUCGGGGCGUAAAACGUCAUUAGCUUGCCUCUGUCUUUUUCUGAUUAGCUCAACUCAUCCUCCUCGCUUCUUGCCAAUUGCCCAGGCACCUGAGGAAGGCACCAAAGCAGGCCUCUGUCUCACUCAACUUCCCCAGCCCUCGAGUUGACAUGCCCUCAGCCACCAGCAGCCUUCUGAAUCCUAACCGAGCCGAAAUGUAGAGACUCGUCACAGCGACUGCCCUGCUGAUUGCAAGAAAGCUGGCUGCCACAUUUCUUAACAGAGAGAAGCCUCUGGAAACAGCCCCAUAACAAGGUCUGCGCAUGGAAAAUACAGGUUCUUUUCGUGGUCGGAGAGUAAAUAUUGCAGGGAACAACAGCGAUGUUGUUCGCGCGGACCCAGCUAAUGAGAGAGGGGGGAGCGACGCGGGGAAUCCAAGCAGCAAAUCCAUCCCGUCGCUGACCUGCCUCGGCAGCGCUGCGAGCUCAGCGUGCCAACGCCGUCGCUGGGGGCGUCCCAGAAGUGAAGUCACUGCUCUCCACGCUCCGCUUGCCAGCCGUGACUGCUCGGCUUUGAGUCUGCCUUGGGCCGGCACGCCAACCUCCCCGAAUAAAUAGGAGCCUCGCUCUGCCCGGCUCCUCAGAGCGGCUCCGGCUUGCGGCGAGGAUGGGACCGGGCUGCCCCCCGCUCGCCUGCCUGCUGCUGCUGCUGCUGCUGGCGUCGCACUCGGCCCGCGCAGCCAUCCUGGAGAUGAACGGAAACCUGAGCUGCAGGUGCGUGAAGACAACCUCAGACUACAUCAACCCAAAGCGGUACGAAAGCAUCGAGAUCAGGCCGGUGGGGAGCACCUGCCGGCGCACAGAAAUCAUAAUUAAAUUUAAAACCUCCUCAAAGGUGUGUGUGAAUCCUGAGGCCCCUUGGGUAAAGAAACUACUGAAACGUAUUGCUAGCACGAAGAAAAAGUAAGUUUCCUGCUAAGGAAGUUGCCGUUCAGAGCCUCGAGACGGACGCGCAGGCGUGCAAACCUGACGGCUCCUCACUUUGCCGUCGCUUCCCCCCACUUCCCCGCAGCCCGAGCCCUGGGGCUGGCCCCGCUGCGGCCAAGCUCGGCGCGGAGCCGCGGGCCACCCAGUGAAGCCCCGCAGCCCUUUCGUCGGUGGGUUUUCCCCGGCGUGCGGUAGCGGAGCCGUGCGAGCGCCAGCCCCUCAUUUACUCACUUCGCGCGCGCUCUCUCGCCAGGGCUGUUCCCCUCUCUGCUGGGACAGAUUUCCAGCUCCUUCAGUGCAAAGCACUCGUGAACAGGCUGCGUGUCUUACUUUUCAUUACGUGCCACUGCGUGUUGUGCCCUGAAAGCUCGAGCCGAAUAAAAUCUGGGGUUUUUUUCCUCUCAGAA